UAGUACAAACCGCUUCAAAAUGCGAGCGAUACGGAUGUUGAUAUUGUUGCUGACACUGAGUCAGCGCGGUCGGGUAGCAUUCGGCAAGUUUGACUGGUGGGAGCGUGGUAACUUCUAUCAGAUAUACCCCCGCUCGUUUAAGGACUCCGAUGGUGAUGGAAUAGGCGAUCUUAAAGGCAUCACGGAAACAAUCGACUAUCUGAAGACGAUCGGAAUCGACGGCGUUUGGUUGUCGCCCAUUUUCAAGUCACCGAUGAACGACUUCGGGUACGACAUCUCCGAUUUCUACGCCAUCCAGGAUGAGUACGGCUCGAUGAAGGAUUUUGAGCAGCUUGCGCUAAAGUGCCGCACGAUCGGACUGAAGCUGAUCCUGGACUUUGUGCCGAACCACUCGAGCGACGAGCACGAACACUUCCGACUGUCGGAAGCGGGUGUAGAACCGUACCGGGACUACUACAUCUGGCAUGAUGGUGUGCUCCUUGCCAACGGCACCCGCCAACCGCCCUCGAACUGGAUUAGCGUAUUCCGUGGUAGCGCCUGGCAGUGGAGCGACAAACGCCAGCAGUAUUACCUGCACCAGUUCCAACGGAAGCAACCGGAUCUGAACUAUCGCAACCCAGCCUUGGUGGAGGAGAUGAAGAACGUGAUGAGAUUUUGGUUGGACAAAGGUAUCGCUGGCUUCCGGAUUGACGCCCUGCCGUAUCUGUACGAGAGCGCGGAAGUGGACGGCCGGUACCGUGACGAGUUGGAGUCCGGCAUGGUGCAGGACGACCCGAACAAUCCGGCUUUUCUGGUGCACACGGAGACGAAGGAUCAACCGGAAACGUACGACAUGGUGCAUCAAUGGCGGGCCGUUGUCGACGAGUAUACAGCCCGAGAUAACUUUACGCGCAUCAUCCUGACGGAGGCGUACACGGCCCUGGAAAACACGACCCGGUUCUAUGGAACUGCGGCCGCGCCUGGCGCUCAGAUUCCUUUCAAUUUCCAGCUCAUCACGCUGCUGACGGCAAACAGCACGGGUCGGGACUUUGCCGCGGCCGUCCAAAGCUGGCUUGGGGCGAUGCCACGUGGGGCCAUCGCGAACUGGGUGUUGGGCAACCACGACAACAGCCGUUUAGCGACCCGACUCGGUGUAGCUCGAGCCGACCUGUAUAACAUCGCCCUACAGACAUUGCCGGGCAUCGCGGUUACGUACUAUGGCGAGGAGAUCGCCAUGGUGGAUCAGUUCAUCUCCUGGGCAGACACGAUCGAUCCGGCCGCUUGCAACGCGGAUCCGGCCACCUACACGCUGUACUCGCGCGAUCCCGUGCGCACACCGUUCCAAUGGAGUAGUGCGGCCAAUGCGGGCUUUUCGAAUGCCUCCCACACCUGGCUACCGGUGGCCAACGGCUAUCGGGAGUUGAACGUGGCCGCGCAGCAACGAGCAUCCCGCAGUCACCUGAAGACGUUCGUGCAGCUGACGGGCUACCGGAAACGGCGAAUCCUUGCGGAGGGUGAUUUCAACAUGCGCGUCGUCGGAACGGGGCUGGUGUUGUACAAGCGGACCCUGCCAGGUGUGGGCUAUGCGGUGGUCGCCCUUAACUUCGGUUCCCAACCGGCGGCACUGCCUUUGACGGAGGUGUACCCUGGUACGAACGAGCGGUGGUUACGCGUGGUGGCCAGUUCGCAGCAGACAAACCUGAACAGCGGCACCUGGGUCAAUCCAAGGUUGUACAAGCUGCCGGCAGAUUCGGGCAUCGUGCUGGAGCGCGUUACAGGACGCAAUGACGUUGUGGCGUGAGGGGGCGUGAUCGUUCGAUCGAGUUGAUGUUUAAGAGGGUAGAAUAGAGAACUGUAGUUAGCGGCAAUCAA